UCAAUAGGGAGUACAGCGAUGAUGCUACAUUAAAGUGUCGGAAAGGAUUUUGUCAUUCUUGCAUGUUUUACGCGGUUCCUUUCGCGGAGAGUAUGAAUUUGGCGCGUCGUGCAAAUACUGGACCAGACGCGUUAUUCAAAGGCGCGGGGUCUGAGUUAAAAGCCGCCCACCGGUUCUCUUCCAACCUCUCUCGUCUCGUCGAUCCACUGCAGUGCCUGGUGCUGGUGCUUGUUGUCUUGAGUUCUACGUGCUAAUUUUUGCUAAUGGAAGAUCUGCUACGCGUCUGGGACUUGGAGGUGUUGCUGCCUCGACUAGCUGGCUGUGGUGUAUUCGACACCGAAGCGCUGCUGCUGAUUAAGCCGGAGCACAGCAAAAGAAUAUUUCAAGAAGAUGAGCUAGGGCUCGAGCUCAAAUUUUUCAGUAAAUUAAAGGAGUACAGAAGCACAUUGGAGCAGCCAGUCAGUCCUAUUGUUUGGGCUGUUUGCGGCUCCUCUGAAUCUGUCACUUUUGAAGUGGACCCUGGCAUUGCCGGACGAUCCUCACUUGCUGCCCCAGCCGUGGCUUCAAACUCCAAACGUCUUUCUGGCAGCUUUGAGGAUGAACAGUGA